CAAGUGUACAGUUUAUCACUAUUCGAAAAUUAUUUAUACGCCACCAAUCUGGACAACAUUCUGAAGAUCAACAGAUUCAACAGUAUGCAUUUACAUUCUUUAUUAACAAUGGAAAAUGCCCGUGGUUUGAAGGUUUAUCAUAAACGCACCCAGCCAACCGGCAGGAGUCACGCAUGUGAAAUCAGCGCAGAUGGUUUGCCAGGGGGCUGUUCCCACAUCUGUCUGCUCGGAUCCAGCUACAAAAUGCGGACCUGUCGCUGCAAGACCGGAUUCAGCUUGGCAAUAGAUGGAAGGUCUUGCAAAAAACCGAAGAAUGAAUUGUUCCUGUUCUAUGGGAAAGGGAGGCCAGGAAUAAUUCGGGGGAUGGAUCUAAACACCAAAAUAUCAGAUGAAUAUAUGCUUCCUAUUGAAAACUUAGUGAACCCUAGAGCCUUGGAUUACCAUGCGGAGUCUAGUUACAUUUACUUUGCCGACACCACCAGCUUCCUCAUUGGCCGGCAAAAGAUUGAUGGAACUGGGAGGGAAACUAUCCUUAAAGAGGAUGUGGACAACGUGGAAGGGAUUGCUGUUGACUGGCUUGGUAAUAAUUUAUAUUGGACAAACGACGGACACAAGAAGACAAUUAAUGUCGCUCGCCUGGAAAAGGCAUCACAGAGCCGCAAAACCUUAAUAGAGGGGGAAAUGUCACAUCCUCGUGGAAUUGUCUUGGAUCCUGUUAACGGAUGGAUGUACUGGACGGACUGGGAGGAGGAUGUUGUUAAUGAUGGUGCCGGACGUAUAGAAAAGUCCUGGAUGAAUGGGGUUAAUCGGCAGGUUUUUGUCACUUCCAAGAUGUUGUGGCCAAAUGGAUUAUCACUGGACUAUGGAAACCAAUUGCUGUACUGGUGUGAUGCCUAUUAUGACCACAUUGAGCAGAUUUUUCUAAAUGGGACCAACAGAAAGGUA